UUUUCCGUUUUUGAAGUCGAGGCCGAGGGUGUAAACAUUUGUAAUGCAUUACAAAACAAUCAAAAAGUGAAUUUGUUACUUUUAUAUAUUUAUAAAAUACGAAUAAACAGUUUAAUAACAAAUUUAAACUUUAUACUGAAAAUGCCAUUUUCUCCAAUGUUGUUAUAAGCGAUAACUUUCAAUGGCAAGUGACAGCGACAAAAGUUCGAGUAAUCACAACUUGGAUGGAUCCUUAAAAAGCAAUAAGAAACAAAAUAGCAGUGGAAACAUUGGUGACAGUGGAGAAAAGUUAAUUCUCGGCUCACAACAGUCCCUCGCUAAGGGAGCACGGCAUUUGUCAAUACCGUUUGAUUCUGCAGCUACCAAUGGUGAUUUGACCAAAAAACAAAAUGGUUCAGCCGUGCGAACGAACAGCCUCGGCUCAGGUGCGCGGACGCCACCCGCGGAACGACCAAAGUCCAAAUUCUCAGCGUUUGGUAGACUAUUCAAACCUUGGAAAUGGAAACGGAAAAAGAAGUCGGAGAAAUUUGAAGAAGCAUCUAGAAAAUUAGAAAGGAAGAUAUCCGUCCGAGCGAAUAGAGAUGAGUUAGUUCAAAAAGGAAUCCUUCUGCCCGAAAGUCCAGUAACCCCUGUACCCGAAGACAAUGAGGAGGUGUCCCCGACGUAUGGGGAGGAGACACGGAGCGAACGCGACGGUCCCGGACUGGACCGUAUGGGCAUGCACGCGGCGCUUCACGCGCAGCUAGCAUCGCAGUUAGCGUCGCAGCUAGCGCAGCAGCAGAUAGCGCAGCAGCAGCAAGCUGCACUGGCUGCUGCUGUGGCCGCCGCCGCUGCAGCGCAUCACCACCACCACCAGAACAACAACGUUAUAGAACCAAAGAAAGACAAAUUGGAGAAUGGCGGCGAGCUGGUAAGGCCCGAGAGGCCGAAUUCAUUGACCGCGGGCAAACUCCCAAGACGGAUGUGCUAUCAAGGAGACGUGGGCGGGUACGCGGUGGGCGCGGAGGAGCAGCUCAUGCUGUCGGAGCUGCCCGAGCCGCCCAUCGCCGUGUCGGACAUCGGGCCCAUCCCGCCGCCGCCCAUGUUCAGCUCGCCCAGCCCCACGCGCCACCACGCCAUCACCAUAUCCAACACGCACUCUGAUUCUGAAGACGAGGACUCCGGCGACGAGGAGGAUGUAGAUGUGCCGGCAGACACGUCGCGCGUGGAGGAGAUCCCGCCCAAGGAGCCGCUGUUCAACGCCGUGCCGCUCAAGUCGGCGCUCAAGAAGCGGCCCGCGCCCAGCGCCUCCCCCGCCGCCACCCCGCUCGCGCCCCGCCAGGACCACCACUACGCCAGCUUCAAACGGCCGCCGCCCAAGCCCAGGAUCCGCAUAUGCAAUAGGCCGGUGCGCAUCGGCAACGCGCUGGAGAACAAGGAGAAUGCGCGACCUUGGGAGGGCGAGUUCCGCGACGACUAUGCCAACGAGUCGGAGCGCGUCGCAGCCAAGCUGGCGCGCAAGGAGAGCCUCAACAUCAAGCUGGCACUGCGCCCUGACCGCCAGGAGCUCAUCAAUAGGAACAUCCUGGUGGUGCAGAGCGACCACGAGCGGCAGGAGUCGUGGGAGGCGAUCGGCGCGCGCCUCAUACGCCGCCUGUCUAUGCGACCUACUGCUGAAGAGCUCGUCGAAAGGAAUAUCCUCAAAAGCCAGUCCCCCGCCGAAGAAAAGAAGCAAAAAGAGGAAAAGAAACGGUUCCUACUCCGCAAACUUAGUUUUCGGCCUACGGUCGAUGAACUUAAGGAAAAGAAAAUUAUUAGAUUCAGCGACUACAUUGAAGUCACUCAGGCGCACGACUACGACCGGCGCGCGGACAAGCCGUGGACUCGGCUGACGCCGCGCGACAAGGCCGCCAUCCGCCGCGAGCUCAACGAGUUCAAGAGCUCCGAGAUGGCGGUGCACGAAGACAGCAAGCACCUCACUAGGUUCCAUAGACCAUGACGGCUGUGCCUUAGCCCCCGCGAGGAGAGCGCGCGGCGCCGCGGCUGAGGCCGGCGCGCGCCGUCGCCUGUGAUGUUAACGUAUUUACAUUGACUUCUUCCGGCCCACGGAAGAUUCGUAUGCAAUAACUUACCACAACGCAGCGGUAAAGUGUUGAUUAUUCUAAACUCACGUUAAACUGCCGAUUCGGUGUUACGAUGUGAACGCGAACCGUGUGUGCAAUUUUCGUUUUUUUUUUUUAUUAUUUUUAAUAUUUUACCCACUGUCUAUGUUUUAGUACUAUAUUUUUUCGAGUACAAUUUAUUAUGGUUAUCGUAACAUUUUAAUGUUUAGUUGACGUAUCCUAAGAGUACCUAUACAUUCUUUGAAUUGACCUUCGCGUAAGGUUAGUGAUACUGAUUAUUGUGGGUGAGUUUUUGAAGCUCGGUGGGAUUUUAAAGAGUUAUUUUUUAAAUGUGAGGAAUGUCCCGUUUUAUUAGAACCUGUGUAGAUUUGUGAUUUUCUCUUAAAUUGCUAGCCUAGAACUCGUAGUCGUUAAGCUAGUUUCGAUUUUUGUCGUAUUUAUUUCUUACGAUUGUUUAUGGUCACAAUUUGUAUUUUAUAUUUACUUUGAAAUUUUAUGGAUACGUAGACGGGUGUUGCAAGCGAGCUUCUUUUGCUUAUUGAAUUAGUAAUAAAAAUGCAAUCGUCGAUCGCUAAGUACAUUUAAUUGUGUAUAUCGUUUUUAAAUUUGUAACUUGUUUUCACUUCGAUAUUUCGAUUUCCUUGUGCGGAGAUACUGCCACAGAUUUUCAUAAUUGUUUGUAGAGUACUUUUGUAGUGGUACAGAUGUUAAGGUAUUUGAAAUUUAUUGAAAAAUUUGUAAUUUCGCGAACAACUUGAUAUCCUCCGAGCAACACGUGUGCACUCUCGCCAAGCAUAGACAAAGGAACAAUACUUUAGUUGUAUACGGAAAAAAUAUCUUAUAACAUAUAGGGAGAUUUUUUUAUGUUUUGUACUAGAUAGAUACUAACACUUCACAAGUUAUACUUCACUAUGAUAACAUAUUCCUAUUUUAUUAGCACUAAAUAUAACGUAACCUGAAUAACUUAAAUCUUUAUAUUAAAAAAAAAGUUGUUAAAAAGGUAUUUAAAUUAGUUAACGCGAGUACAUUACGAAAAUGGGCUUGCGUUUGGGUAGUUUUAGUGAUGCCUCAAUCUAAAUACAAUAGGCUAUUACUGUUUUUAAAAUUAAUUUCAGAAUACGAAAUAAAACAGGAUAUUAAUUAUUAUAUUAUUAUGAAAAAAAAAAUACUGUUUAAAAAUUAACAGAUUCGGAUUCUUCAUUAGUACAGGGACAUUGUAAGUAUUUACAUUUAUUAAAAAUCUGUUAAAUUGUUGUGAUACGAUAAUCGAGUUGGCCAAUGAAGUCAAUAGAAUAGUUUGCUAUGUUUGAUUUAACUUUAUUAGCAACUAGCGGACGCCCGCGACUUCGUCCGAAUGGAAUUCAAUUAUUCACAAAUCUCGUGGGAACCAUGGAUGUUUUCGGGAUGAAAUGUUGCCUGUGUGUUAAUCUAGAGGAAAUCUAUAUCCAUUUCAAAUUUCAGCCAAAUUGCUUCAGUAGCCGCAGCGUAAAGGAGUAACAAACAUACUUACACACUUACACACACACACAAACUGUAGCCUUUAUAAUAUUAGUGUGACAACAUGCGAGAGAAAAUUCUGCUUCUAUCCUCCUCGAAAACACUAAGUAAUUAACAAUUAUAACAUAAUUGCAGACCGGGAUAUGCUGCAGACAACAACUAUAGAAACAAUUCAGACAAAUUGAUCUGAUUUGUUAAAUUAACAUUAUGUGUAGUGUUCAAAAAAGGCUUAUAACCAGUGCCGUAGCUUGCCUUGGAUUGGGGGCCUUGUAUCAAAGUUAGUUUAGGCCCAAUAAACAAGCGACAAAACCCGAAAAUCUCUUUAGCAGUUUUUUUUCUCCGGGAAGGAUCAGAUUAAGUAAGAUUGUGGGUAAAAUUUUACAAAAUUUUGCUUUCACACUUGAAAGGGCCCUGUAGCCCGGGGCCUCGUAUCAUUGAUACGGCUGAUACGGCGAUAGCUACGCCCCCGUUUAUAACAUAUUUAAAAGUAUGAAUGUUGGCCUCUCGGUUAUCGUUUAUCAAGCUCGUUGGGUAGAGUGCAGUGUGCAGCCUGUACGUAACGAACAACCUCGGCGGGAACAACUUGUUAGAACUCGUGUCGCUCUAGCCUAGGACUAGUGUAAGUGAUUCAAGAUUGAACGAAGUAUCGCGUAAAAGGUUAAAUGUAAAUUUAAAAAAAAAACUGUAGCUGUUUAUGGGCAAUAAGGAUGCCUUUGAGAUGAGAUUACGAAUGUUUCGUAUAUAAUACAAUUUCUUAUUUAAAAUUAAAAUUACAAAUUAUUAUUAUCAUAGUGUGUAGAGCAACAAUACUGCUGAGUUUUUGUCUUUUAUUUCGAUUGUGAUGUGGUUUGAUGUUAACACUUUUUACAAUAUGUAUAAUUACAUAGUAAAAUAAUUAAUAAUAAAAAUUAGGGCGCAUUUUAUUGAAGCGACAUUCUGUUCAGUAUCGGUGCCAUUAGAUAUGUUUCAAAAUUUUUGUAUAUGAAAGCUGAAAGUGUUUUAUAAUUAAUUUCCAGUGAAAUGUUUAUUGAUGUUAUUACCCUUGCAGGAAUAUCCCAAAAUAUAAUAGUCGAGAGUGAUGAAUAAAGCCAGAUUGUAAUAUUGUAUAGUAAAAUGGACCUAAUGCUCCUUGUUUGAAAGUCGUAAUUUAUGUACUUUUCAUUUUUAUUUUAUAGAUAUUCCGCUAGUAGCGCCGAUUGUAGAAACAUUAAUGAGCUUAAGCUUUAAAACAAGGGGAAUUGAAACCAUUUUACUAUACAUAAAUGUUUAGUACAAGUUUUCAUAUAGGUACGCAAAUCGUAUACAGGUCAUUUGCUUCUCAAAGCAAAAAUUAUUUUGAACUUCGAUCUGCUUAGGAAUUCGAGUGUUAACUCCAGGGGUAAUAACAUCUCGAUAUCUAUUCAUAAAUUGCUCAGCGACUUGUAUAUCGAACGUCAUUGAAACUAAUAAUAAAUAAUUAUAAUAUUAUGUGAAUGCGACGCUUGAGAUUUAGAGUUUAAAUAAUAUUUAUUAAGUAAUGAUAGGUUUAUGAUCACAAUUUGUAUCCAAUACGUUUUAAUUCUAUAAAGAUUUACACGAUGGUAACUUCGUGAGACCAUUCCAUUGUUAGGAUAAAGUGGAAGCCAAAAUGACGACUUAUUUUUCUAAACGAUUUUGUUAGAUUGCAAAUUAAAGGUGUAUAGAUAAAAAUGUAGAUGUUUAUCGAUAUUGUAAUCAUAAGACAUUCAGAUUUCCAAAGAUCUAAAGCUCAACUGAAUUCUUUUAGCUAGCUAACGUUGCGCCGUCUUGAUAUGAUACGAGUAUACCUAUGGUAACUAUAGGUAUGCAAAAUAUACAUUAUCUGAGUUUCUCAACGAUUUACAGAGAUUCAUACAUAGUCAGUGUUAAGAAUUAGGGUCAGUGCAGAUUGAGCGUAACUCGCCAGCGUGGUCGAACGUUUUUAUAACCGUUAAUAACUGAGUGUUUAUCAAUGGAAUUCAUAAACGUUGACGGGAACCCCAAGGGGAUUAUUCUCCCACUGAGUGUCAAAUUUUCAAACAAAUAGAGGUUAAAAUUCGACACUCAGUGGCUGAAUGAUACUCUGGGGGUGCCCUUACAACGUCUUUGAAUUCCACUGUUAGAUAUUUUGAGCGUUUUCUUUAAUACUGAUAAAAGAAAAAAAGAUUAAUAGUGACGUGUUUUUAGAGACACAAAAAUGUUAUUCAUGCAACUCGUUACGUCGCUUAUUCAAACUUACGUCGCAACUUGCUGGUUUAGUAUAUUAUUCAGCGUACGCCUGCGAAAUCUUAAUUUCUAUAACUCCACCAAGCCAAUCAAGCACCUGAGUAUAUUACAUCACACGAGUUAAAAAUAAAAUGGGUCAUUAUUAUUUUAUUUUUAAUAAUCACCGUUUUAUUUAUUUUUAAACAGAUUUUAUUUCCAUCUAUCUUCCACACUAGCUACAACCCUUGAAGGUUCUAUAUUUAAUUAUUCGUGGGAAAUUUCUCGAAAUUGUUCAUGCAGUUAAACGCUCAGUGUGCUCUGGCCCAUAGGUUGCAAUGACAUUAUUUUAUCCGACGUCACUUAGUAUGUACAUACUUAAUUACCAUAAAAUGUGAUAAGACUUUUUUAUGUUGUAGUAUUUUUAUAAUUAUUUAAGUACCUACACUAAACUUUCAUUUGUAUAAAUUUCUACGAGUUUUUAAAAAAAAAUGUCGAAUGGUGCUGUCUUAAAGCAACACAUUUCCUUCUGUACAUUUGUGAUUCACCGUAGAGUUAUAUUUUAUAUAACGUUAUCUAUAAAUAAAUAAUUGCGUAUAAUUUUAACCUUUUGACUAUCAUAUAAAAUAUAAUGAUUAAUUUGAAGAUUUUUCGAAAAAUAAUGAAUUCAAUUCGGUCGUUUAAUAUUAAACAGUUAUUUAUUAUUUUAUUGCAGACAAUCAAUCAGUCAUUUUAAUAGAUUAUACCGAUAGACGGUCACGCUAUCGUUUUUGUAUAUAAUUUAAGUACAAUGUGAAUUUUGGAAUCUCUUUUAUUUCCAUUAUUAUCGGGCGUUUCUAUUGUGCUAUUUUACUUACCAUUACGCUGUUCAAGUGAUCGGUUUUAAUGUUGCUUUUAAUUUCAAUUAUCCUGUAAAUUAUUAUUAAUGACAUGUUGUAAUAGUAAGUAUAUAAUGAUAGCCAUAAAAUAUUUGUUUUAUAUAACAUAAGUUUGUAAAUACUAUGAUUAUACAUUAAGUUUUAUACUC